CAUCAUGACGAGUUCGACAGCUCAACAGAUGGACGGUAGCCGACGGGCGAUACUCGAUCCGUCCACAGCGCUCACUCCAUCUCCGCUCCCACAAUGCAAGGCUCCUGCCUGUGCCGCGGCAUAACGCUGCGCAUCGCACAACCCCCCUCCGUCCAUGUCUGCCACUGCACCGACUGCCGCCAAUUCACUGGGGCGAUCGCCGCUUUCCUCCUCCCCGUCCCGCGCGACCACGUGUCUGUCACCGGCUAUCCGAGCGGAUAUGCAAGUGCGAGCGACACGGGUGCGCGUGUCACUCGCUACUUUUGCGGUAACUGUGGAUCGUCGUUGUACGACCGCGGCGAGGAUCCGGAUAUGAUAUAUGUCCAUGGAGGCCUGUUUCCCCCACGCACACUGCCCAAGCCGAGCAAGGAGAUCUUCGUCCGUUCCGCAGAGGCAUGGACGAGCAGGUAUCCCGGGUGCCGUGUGAGCGAGACUGAGGUGAAAGCCGGGGAGGCGUCAGCACCAGCAGUCAGCAGAAUGUACGAAUGCAUGUAACUUUACACCGACCCUCGGUCCCUAAUCCCCCGUCUACU